GUUUCCACACGGCGUUAUUUUGUUCUUGGACAUUUUCACGCUGCUGCAGUCGCUUUUACUUUGACAUAAACCAAAGUGUUUUGCUCGUUUGUGGACGUUAUUAAACGUCGUACUUUGCCUUCAUGUACCGCCACCAGUAGAACUAACCCAGAUGGAGGUUACCAAGACGAUGAAACUGGGCUUUAGCCUGAAGGAACUGAGUCUGUCGCGCUGCACCGGGGAUGUUCCGGGAGGUUCGUCCACCGUGGAGCUGCGGGACAGCCGGCUGGUGUGUGUGGAGUAUCCGGCGGUGAUCAAGAGUGUGGAUAAAGUGCUGGAGACUCUGGGUGGUGAACAGACAGUGUCCAAAACCUUUGCUCACCCUAACCGGCGCCUUGAGCUGCAUUUCCGACCUCAGGAUCCUUUCUGUCACUCUCUGUAUGGAAACCGCUUCUCCUCCAGCAACCUCCUCCUCAGAGUUCGGCGGCGGGUGCGAAAAACGGAUCCUAAAGAUGUAAAGAUCCGCAUGGAUGUGCUCGGAGUCAUAGGAACAACAUAUAAAUUCCAAGGUUACAUUAAAAGGCUGGCAGACUUUCAGUGUCUGGCCGUACAUUCAGAAAAGGGAGAAAACACAUCUUUAUACGACAAAAUCAUCCUCCAAAAACCGGAGAAUCAAGAGUUCUUUGAGCAGCCGGUGCCUUCCUUUCUUCCUCCAGCCAUUUUCUCUCGCCUCGACAGUCCCGUGGAUUAUUUCUACCGCCCUGAUGUCCAGCAUCAGAGUGUAACACCUGGCCAGGUUAACAAGAAGAACGUCAUUGGUCUGACUCGUGCUCGCCGGCCAAAUAAUGCCAUAUUCGUCAGCUUCAGUGAUCCCACUGUGCCCUCCGAGUGCCUGGAGGCGGCAAAGCAAAACUGGGCACGAAUCUGCCUGAAGGAUGCUGACAAAGAGGCUGAAGAGAAAUUGAAAGAGAUGUUUGAGAGACGGCCCAUCUGGUCUCGGAACGCAGUCAAGGCCAACGUCAACCUCCACCCUGAUAAAAUGAAACUGCUGCUGCCCGUCUUUGCCUACUACAUGGUGACAGGACCCUGGAGAAGCCUGUGGGUGAGGCUGGGCUACGACCCUCGACAGGCCGCAGAUUCCAAGAAGUAUCAGAUGCUGGACUUCAGGAUCCGCUGCAGUGGCAAGCAUGGAUAUUCACUAUCUGACAUGCCAGUAAAAGCUAAGAGGAGCGCCCUCAAUUACAGUCUGCCCAACACCUUGAACAAGGCGGUUCCUCAGCCAGCCAGCGUGAUGGGCCUGCCAGCUCAGGAGGGGCCGAGCACCAGUCGAGAGCCAGCCCCCGUCACACACCAGCUCAAGGAAUCAUCCUACAUUUUCCGAGAAGGAAUGCUGCCUCCUCACAGGCAGAUGUUUUACCAGCUGUGUGAUCUGCAUGUGGAAAGCAUUCAGCAGGUGAUUGAGCAGAACAGUGGCAGUGAGCAGGCGUGCGAUGAGCGCGAUGGCUGGUGUGUCCUCGGCACCACUGACAAGCUGAGAGACAUGAUCUCAGGAAUGAUCAAGAAGGUCGUCCAAGCCCAGAAACCAGCAAUGCCAGAAGCCCCAACAAGACGCAGACGCAGAGGCCUGAGUUCAAAUUUCUGGAGAGAAGCUGAAGAAGCGGACGAAGAAGAUGAAGAGGAGGAGGAGGAUGACGACGAAGAGUUCCUGCCAUCGGAGGGAAGUGAAAAUGAGAUGGAGACAGAAAUCCUUGAUUACAUGUGACAUAAUGCCCAGAAUGUUUCCUGUCUGUCAGCUUUCUUUGUAAAACACGUGAUUUAUUAAGUUAAAUAAAGGUUCAUGGCUUUUGACCAGUAAA